AUGCAUUCCCAACAUUUUCUCACCUUCUUCUUCUUCCUUCUCCUCUCUUUCAACACCAUCACUUCUACAACAUCAUCAUCACAAAACGACAACACUUUCGAUUUCGCUCGUCCUAUAGAUCACGAGCAGUUAGGGUUAAACAAGAAGGAAAAGCUAAGUCAUUUUAGAUUCUACUGGCAUGACAUAGUGAGUGGAAAAAAUCCAACUUCAGUUACAGUUGUUCCACCACCAUUAAACUCAACCACUGGUUUUGGUUUUGUCAACAUGAUCGAUAAUCCUUUAACAACAGGACCAGAAUUGAGUUCCAAACUUGUUGGAAAAGCUCAAGGCUUCUAUGCAUCUGCUUCACAGAAUGAUUUUGGUUUCCUCAUGGCUAUGAAUUUUGCUUUACUUGAAGGAAAGUAUAAUGGAAGUAGUAUUACUAUUUUGGGGAGGAAUCUUGUUUUGGAUAAGGUUAGAGAGAUGGCUGUUGUUGGUGGGAGUGGACUUCUCAAAUUCGCAAGAGGGUAUGCUAAAGCUAAUACUCAUUGGCUUGAUCUCAAAUCUAGAGAUGCUACUGUUGAGUACAAUAUUUAUGUUUUUCACUAUUGA